CAAUAAGUGUUUGAAUUCCAGGUUGAAGGUGCAACGCCGUUUCAUGAUGGCAAAGGAGAAAGUAUGUGGGAUUAUUACACCCACAAAUACCCAGAGAAAUAAAAUAGCGGAUGGCAGUAAUGGAGAUGUAGCUAGUGAACAAUAUCAUCGCUUCAAGGAGGACUUUGGGCUUCUGAAGGAUAUGAAUGGAGAUGCAUACAGAUUCUCACUCGCAUGGACCAGACUGAUACCAACCGGAAAGAUUAGUGAUGGUGUGAACCAGAAAGGAAUCGACCACUACAACCAGGUCAUCGAUGAACUCCUAGCCAAAGGUCUUACGCCCUAUGUGACAAUCUUCCACUGGCACGUCCCAAUGGCCUUAGAUCAUGAGUACGGCGGUUUCUUAAGUCAACGCAUUUUGGAAGACUUCAAGGACUACGCAGAGCUUUGCUUCAAGGAGUUUGGUGAUAGGGUAAAGCAUUGGACCACCGUAAACGAGCCUCAUAUGUUCACCAAUGGUGGAUAUGCAGCAGGGGUUUUAGCACCUUUUAGAUGUUCGAGCUGGCAAAACAUGAAUUGCACCGGUGGGGAUUCAGCGACGGAGCCAUAUACCGUCCCCCACAAUCUGCUCCUUGCUCAUGCAGUUGCCGCAAACUUGUAUAAGACCAAAUAUCAGGCAAAGCAAAAAGGUGUUAUAGGGAUAACAGUUGAUCUGGAUUGGAUGGUUCCAUAUUCUCAAUCGGAGAAAGACCGUGCUGCCGCGUUACGUGCCAUUGAUUUUAGAUUUGGAUGGUUCAUGGACCCCUUGACAAAGGGCCGCUAUCCCCUCAGCAUGCGCACUCACGUACGUGGAAACCGAUUACCCAUGUUCACUCCAGAGCAAUCGAAGCUGGUGAAGGGAUCAUACGACUUUAUCGGAUUAAACUACUAUACUGCCAAUUAUGUUGCUGAUGUACCUGAAGAUCAGUCUCUGAACAAAAGCUACUUGACAGAUGCUCUUGUUAAUAAAACAGGUACGUGCUAAUUCAACAGUACUCGU